AUGAUUGCUACCUGUUGUUUGAAUUGUUUGCCAGCAUUUAGUCAAGUCAGAGAACAACUUGAGCUGCUUUCUCAUUGUUUGACUACUUGUGUUCUUUGGAUUUCUUUUUAUCAGGGUGACGCUCAGCAGAGUGCACAGAUGAAACGCCCUUUGAUUAUUUAUGUGCGAAGACCGAAGCCCUUGCUUACGGAAGCAUAUAUGUCAAGCUUGUCACCAAAUGGGAAAACGAAUGGUGAUUUGCCGGGUCGUCAAGAGAAGGACUCACUGGAUUCCAAACUUCAGUGUAUUUCUGAUCAGGCGUGCAAGACUGAGGAACACGCUCUUGUGAACUCUCUGAACGGAGGUUGCAGAUCUGCCUUCGGGGCAGUGGCGGCAUCUUCCCUUCCUGAGCAAGAUGACCGGCCUCACUUCUGUGAGUACUGUAACAAGUCCUUUACUCGAAAAAUUUACCUCCAAUUGCACAUAGCUUCCGUCCACUUGAAUCCGCGAACAAACGUGUGCAACUACUGUUAUAAAUGGUUUUCUCGAACAGAACUACUCCGGAGACAUAUCCGUUCCGUACAUUUAAGUGAGUGUGCAAUGGGAUGCCGGGUUUGACUUUAACCCCAUUUAUUUCUUGCGUUUGUCAUUUCCGAGUGUUCACUACUUUAGUGGAUUGAUUUAUGCAGCCACCUGAGCGUUGUGUAUCAUGUGCAACACAUGAUAUCUGGCUGUUUGCUCUGACUGCAUUACAUACCAUUAGAAGAACGCAGGUUAUAUGAGCUGUUUCUUGCUUAAAAUGCAUCCGACGAUGAUGAUUCUUCGCGACGGUAUCCGACGUAUAGAGGACUGGACUUCGAUUCUGACACUGAGUGACCACUCCUUUCACUCAGCUCGGAACGCGUCGUAGCGUGUAGUGUUUUCGGGUAACAAAACCCCUACCUCUCUAUGCAAGAAUUAUUUUCUUACUUCAUAUAUCUUUUGUUUUUAUUGCGGCACAUUUGGUAAGGUGUUUCUCACCAUUUGCUUGUGUGCUUAUCCUUAUCCACGUCAGUCCAUUUGGAAUUUCUCGCGUUGCGCUGAAUUGCGUCACUGUGAAGAGCUAUUACACACGUCGGAUGAAUUUCACCGACGUCCUGUUUCUGUAUGUUUGAUUUUUUCGAAGAUUUCAUGACCUGGACAUCGAUGAUCGCAUGCAUGCGCCUAUGAAAUCGUUUUACGAGCAUCCAAUCUGACAUCGUACGGAGUGCCAUGGAGACACUACUUACCGGAUCAGCGGUCGCCCAGUGUGGCGACAUUUUAUUAGGACAUAAUUUACUUCUAGUAUUCGUUAGGCGGACACCGAUGGGGACUCAUGGAUUUGUGCGAAGUUCCAUCUCACGUCACACGGAGGUAGGCGAUCGCGCGUGAUGCUUGAUUUUGAUUGAUUGGCAUGGUUAUCGAGUUACGGCGAUUGAUCCAAGAAUUGCAUUGCUUCACGGUUGUUUGGGAGCUCACCAGGGUCGCUUCCUCAUUAUGAUUGCCUGUGGUUGCAACGUCUUUCUAUACCACUGUGUAUCGUAGCCACAUUGGGAACAACUUCACCGGGCCAACGCAUACUGGGUUAGGAUUUCAUCAUUACCGCUUUUGUCAACUGUUCCGGAUUUUUUGUAUCGACAUUACUCUGUAGGAUGGAUGUAGAACCAAUAUGGAUUCGUGAUUCAAUCAGUUGGUGUAAUACUCCGCUGAUAACCGGAGCAAAUUAUUUGGUGGCCUCCGGAGACACGACUACGACUCUGAUGCGCAAGUCGGUAUAUUAAUGGACUCAGUGUACUUUGCAUUUAACUGCCCGUGCGAUGUAUUUUCUCAGACUCUGCGAGCGCGUGCGUGCAUGUGCCGCAGGGAUUUAAUUUUUGUGAACUGGGACACUUGUUGAAUCGUCCUAGUGCUAACUUCUGCUCCGUUCAUGUUGCUUAUUUGUUCUCACCGCUCCGCUUUCCUUUCCGAUCUCGAUCUCACACUCCGCCCCGAAUAUGAUAGUCAGCAUUUUACUGCAUGUUUAAAUAGUUGUUGUAUCCUGCAUGGUUUAUUUCCCAUUUUAUAACCCAACAUCUGAAGGACACACUCCCGGUCGAUUCUAAAUCAUGCGUUCUAUAUCAGUUUACUUGUAUCUAUGGUGCAAGAUAUAUUGGACACGCGGCCAGGUGUUUUUCAAAACGGGUAGGAGAACACUGCCUUUGGUCGCUACUGAGAGGCUUGCCUAGAAGCAUCAAUAGCGCUAUCAUGAGGCAUUUGCUCCUGAAUGGACAUGAAAUCCGGAUAUCAGACGCGUAUAGCGUAUUCUACUCCGUUCAGCUGCAUCACCCUAAAACGCUCUGAAAGCGUCUAUUAAAGACGAGUGAGGUGCUCGCUAUUAUGGUGAUCCAGCCUUAUUGGUGCAAGUAGGAAGCCCUAUUGCAAGCCCUCUAGUUACCUUGGCCCUGCGGCUGUUCCUUGAUAUUCGACACUAGCAGCGUAACGUCGGCUGCAUAGCGUACCUCCGGUGGAUCGGCCUAAUUCUCGAUCCGAUUUACCGGUCUGGUUCAAACAGCAUCAGUCCUCAAUCUAGCUUUCAGUAGCAUACCGCGUUGCUUGUUUCUUUCUCAUAAUUUUAAUGGCCUGAUGCGAAUUAUUGAAAAGAGCUCUCUUUGCUAAUUGGACUUAUAUUUUUCUGUCUCUGUGUGUGGGUGGGUGCACAGUAGCUGAGGUGUGUUUCUCACCCUCAGCUAAGUUGUGUUGUUAGUGAUGAUGGGACUUGUAAUGGUAUGGCUUCAUGCGAUGCAAAUUUUGUUUGACGGAGUGAAUGCAGACGGAAUGAGCGCGGUUCGUCCCUCGUCAUAAAUAGUGCAAGUAUAUAUUGUGGACCUGGUUUUAUUUUCUUACUAUUGUUAAUUUUUUCACAUUUCCUGUUUGCAUUCAUAUUCUGUCUGCACGGUUCUGCCUUGUUUAUGGUUUCAGAUCGGCCGCAUUCCAGUGAGUACUGUGAGAAAUCCUUUCACCAACAAUAUCGCCUGCCGGUUAUGAUAUUUUUCUUGUGCCUUAACAACAAGCUGCCUGAAUUUUUACGCGUGUGUUCUCUUUAUGUUGCACCAUGUGCCCAGGUUACGUGUUAUAUUACAUGUAGCGCUGCAUAUUGCGCGAGUUGGAUUUCGUUCUUUUGGAAGUUCAAACGCAGUCUGUUAAUCUGUUCUCAUCGACUGAUAAUUGACAGUCGACGUUUUACGGUUUCUUCUUCCUAGUGAAUAUGGCGUGUUAUUAGGCAACAUCCGUUAAAGCGAUGCAUGUCUGACCCGCAGCCAGUGGUCUGUAGUCGAGCGGAUUACGAAUCUGUCAUGGGAUAUUUAGGUCACUGCUUCGAAUCCGCGUGGGAUCGGAUGACUUCCUGCUAAAGUGAUCCCGUGUGCUACUUGUGUUGUUCGCGUGUCAUCGAACGUCAGUCCAUUGUGCAGGCUUACUGCCGAUUCUUUCUUUUCCUACACUGAUAUGUACGUUAAUGUUAUCGUGUUUUCAUGGGAUAUUUUUAGGCGAUUGGCGCGAAGCUUUGUUAGUAUUAUGAACCAUUUGUCUACGGUAACUGAGAUAUGGCUUUCUUGGCUGCUUUGUUAUUUCUGUUUGCAUCAUAUAACUCUCAGACUAUCUGAUUGUUGGCAUGUGAUUCGCAUUCGUUAGAUUUGAUAUGAGACUCGGUACCUGAAGCACAGGCAAAUAGUCGCAGGUGCAUUUGAGUGAUCAGGAUUGACGUACGUUGACCAAACUGUAUCUGCAGUCUCGAAUGCUUGAAUGCCAUCGGUGUUUUACAAUUAUGUGGUCGUUAUGUGACCCACUCUGGGAUGUUGACGGGUGACACCAGUUAGCAAACUGGCUCCUAGACUGCAAUGCUGGUAAAGUGUGAAAAGACAGUCAUUAGCAGUACGCCGGCACAUUGUACCGACGCAUCGCUGCCACGCGACCACCGCCGGUCGCGCGUUGGCUGAGUAUACCGCUAGGACACCUACCCAUGCACCUAUUCAAGCCGGUGGUCUAAGAAUUGCAAUCCUUGAGUGCAAUCCUUUCGGCCACGGGCCAACGGAAAAGUAUGUGAUUAACGCACCGACUGAAUAGUUUUCUGGCAAAGGUAACCGACUGAUAGAUGCUUUUCGAGCCUGCUUGCAUUGCGAGAUGCUGCGCGGAAGCUCGGAGCCACCUUUCAUCAUUAUUACACAUUAGCUGCAUGCGGAUACACACUUCACCUAUUGUGCCGCAUAAGAGUGGGAUGAUAAUAACGAAGGAGUAGGGUACUAAACUUUAUAGAAUGCGAAAAAUAGCAACACCGUGCUUCAAACGAGAAAUCUUGGUUGGGCGGCGAAGAUAAGCGGGAUGGGGAGUGACAAGGAUACAACGCAUACUCCAUUGAAAUCGGUUCCUAACCAUAAGAAUUACAAAAAAUUUCAUGGUUAGGAACCGACCUCAUCAUGCUUCGGUCACCAGCCUGGCAAUCAGUUGACUCCAACCGACCGCGCAUUCUAAAUGAGGGACUUUCUUUCUCUUGCCCAAGUCAUCGCUUAGCCUCCCCUUCCUUUGUUGCACAAUGAACGCACGUCGCGGAAGUCGGUGUGUUCGCAUGCGCAACCUUUGGCUCAGCCGUCGGAGCUUGGUGUUUAAAAUUGCGGUGCUUAGCUGCUCCCUCUCUUUCUACACGAAAUACAUAACGCCGAGUACGCUCAUUGUUCAUGCGGUGCUCCCAUCAUCAUCUUCAUUAUUCACGGUAGCUAGCAGUGUAAAAACACCUCAGCUACAGGGCCGCAAUACAU